GCCCGCCGGGCCGGUUGUGACGCCACCAGGCCCCGCCCCUUGCUAUAAACAGUGGCGUCGCCGGCACCGCCUUCCCACACUCUCUGGCUCCUCUCGCGGCCGCCGCUCUCCGUUUUUUCCUCCCGCCGUCUUCUCUGCCUCUUCUCAUCCUUUCUCGCUCUGCUGCUCUGCAGUGUGACGAGGCCGGAUCCUCUCCCCACCCAGCCUGCGCCUUCCUCCACCCGCGCUGUCCCAUUUCUCUCCUCCGGCCGCCGCCGCCACUGCUGCACAGCUGGUGUCGGUGCCGCGCUUUCCCCCCACGUCGCCCCCGCAGCCUAUGGCCCAGGCCGCCUUGGGUAUUUCUGCUCAAGGUAACCACAUCCCUCUUUAAAAAUUCCGCCGAAAAAGAGAAGACGCUUUACCCGACUCUUUGGGCCGUUAUCUCACGGCGAACUUUCUGACCAAGUAUACAACUACCCAGAGGGCCUAGGAGAAGUGCUGUAUAGAGAGCAGUUCGACUUCAACGCUGAGCCACCUUGGGAACCUAGCUGAUGAUAGGGGGGUUCCAUCUCCCAACUUGUCCAUCUCUCCCUGUUCUACUUCCAGGGAGGUCUCCACAGAAAUCCAAGACUCAUAUUCAUCCAGCUUGGUGUCAAGUGGGCUGUUGCUGCCAGAAUUAUCUUGUGAUUAUUUGAGAGAUGUGUCAGUUUCUUCUGAAGUACAAUCAACUGUAGAAGCCCUUGUAGCAGUUUGUUGCAUAUUCUAAGGACCCAGACAUAGGCUUCGUGGCCCGUCUCUUGUUUUUCCUGGUUUAUGACUUUCGGCUUUGUGGAAUACGGCUGAGAUGAAAGGAUUUAUUGACGAUGCAAACUAUUCCGUUGGCCUGUUGGAUGAAGGAACAAACCUUGGAAAUGUUAUUGAUAACUAUGUUUAUGAACAUACUCUGACAGGAAAAAAUGCAUUUUUUGUGGGAGAUCUUGGAAAGAUUGUGAAGAAACACAGUCAAUGGCAGAGUGUGGUGGCCCAGAUAAAGCCAUUCUAUACAGUGAAGUGCAACUCUACUCCAGCUGUACUAGAGAUUCUGGCAGCUCUUGGAACUGGAUUUGCUUGUUCUACUAAAAAUGAAAUGGCUUUAGUGCAAGAAUUGGGUGUAUCUCCAGAAAAUAUUAUUUACAUAAGUCCUUGCAAGCAAGUGUCUCAGAUAAAGUAUGCAGCAAAAGUUGGAGUGAAUAUUAUGACAUGUGACAAUGAAAUUGAAUUGAAGAAAAUUGCACGCAAUCACCCAAACGCCAAGGUCUUACUACAUAUUGCAACAGAAGAUAAUAUUGGAGGCGAAGAGGAUAACAUGAAGUUUGGCACUACACUGAAGAACUGUAGGCAUCUCUUGGAAUGUGCUAAGGAACUUGAUGUCCAAAUAAUUGGGGUUAAAUUUCAUGUUUCAAGUACUUGCAAAGAAUCUCAAGUAUAUGUACAUGCUCUAUCUGAUGCUCGAUGUGUGUUUGACAUGGCUGGAGAAUUUGGCUUUACAAUGAACAUGUUAGACAUCGGUGGAGGCUUCACAGGAACUGAAUUUCAAUUGGAAGAGGUUAAUCAUAUAAUAAGCCCUCUGUUGGAUAUCUACUUUCCUGAAGGAUCUGGCAUUAAGAUAAUUUCGGAACCUGGAAGCUACUAUGUGUCUUCUGCAUUUACACUUGCAGUUAAUAUCAUAGCAAAGAAAGUUGUUGAAAAUGAUAAAUUUUCCUCUGGAGUAGAAAAAACCGGAAGUGAUGAACCAGCCUUCAUGUAUUAUAUGAAUGAUGGUGUUUAUGGUUCCUUUGCAAGUAAACUGUCUGAGGACUUAAAUACCAUUCCAGAGGUUCACAAGAAAUACAAGGAAGAUGAGCCUCUGUUUACAAGCAGCCUUUGGGGUCCGUCCUGUGAUGAGCUUGAUCAGAUUGUGGAAAGCUGUCUUCUUCCUGAGCUGAAUGUAGGAGAUUGGCUUAUUUUUGAUAACAUGGGAGCAGAUUCUUUCCAUGAACCAUCUGCUUUUAAUGAUAUGCAAAGGCCAGCUGUUUAUUACAUGAUGUCAUUCAGUGAUUGGUAUGAGAUGCAAGAUGCUGGAAUUACUUCCGACGCGAUGAUGAAGAGCUUCUUCUUUGUGCCUUCUUGCAUCCAGCUAAGCCAAGAAGGCAGCUUUUCCACUGAGGCUUAAACAGGCAUGAACGCUUCUUUAGAUCUGAAGUUGCAGGUUAUGUUUGUCUGGUCAACAUUCCAGUGUGGAAAAAAAUUUAAGCAAUUCUAUUCUGUUAAUUAUUUUGGAAACAAAAACUAUUAGUAGUAGCUAUUUGGGACCAGACAAAAUCAAUUUUCAUCUAUAAUUCAUUGGGGGUAAUGGGAAAUUUAGAUAAUGUAUCCAGAUUUAAACCCACCGGUUUGUCCUACCCCUUAAGCGUUUAAAAUAAAAUAUGCAACAAAAUGGAUGACUUAGUGGAGAUGGAAGCCCAUUAAUUGGGUUCCCCAUUAAACCGUUUACAUACAAGUACACAGUUUUUAUACUAAGGAUUCGUGUUAAAAAGUCUUGUAAAGUUAAUGUCUUUCACCCAGAUAUAUCAGAUGUCAGUGGAAGACCAGUGUGACUUCAUUAGAUACCGUUUAGUGUAUUUAGAAUGUGUAAAUUUGUGCUAUGAACUGUAGUUUAAUAAAUGUAAAAUUGCAUCAUAGUAUUUGUUGUAUUUGACCUAAUGUAACCGUUGUAUGAUUGCAAUAAAAUUUUGUGUAGAUUUUACUGUCUUUUCAGGCUAAAACUUUGGGAAAGGGGCUAGCUAGCAAAGGUAGUUUUGAAAUAGAUGUGUAUAUAGACUGUUUUGAAGGUUUUUUUUCUUUAUAGCCCAUUUAAGUUUAGUUUGGCUCAGUGCAUUUUUCGAUUAUUUAAUUAGUAAUUUAAGUCAAGUGGUAAAUCAUUGUGAGGUUCGGAUUAAUGAUGGAGAGUUGAUGUGCAGUAAGCAUGAUGUCUAACAAUUUUAACACCACAAUGUUAAUUCUGCAUAGACUAAUUGUAAUAAUUCAUAGGUGUUUCUGUAUAGAUAGAAUGCAUAGAGUACCUUAGUAAAUCUGUGAAUCACAAACCUUUUGACUGAUAUGUAAGAUUCUAUUAAAUACUUUGAAUAAACAUGGGGAGGAAAGGAAAUAAAAUUGCAGAGAACCACAGAGCACUAAAACUUAAAGAAGGGCUACAUCUUUAUCUAGAAACCUGAUGCUCUUUUGCACGGAAUGUUUAAAUUCAGAGUGGGCAGGGGUUGGGUAAAGCACACUCACUUCUUCAGUUACUCAAUUGCAGUGGUUUCAAAUUUAGGGGUUUUGUUGUUGGUUUGACUAUUCCCUUAGUUUCUUGUUAGUUCCCACUUGUUCAGCUUAGCCAUUACUUUUAAUUAUUUUCAUACUAAAAUUUUGUGGUGGUUAGGGAAGGGAGUUAGCGUCACUAACCUGACAGUUGUUGCCAGGAAUUUGCUUUGUUCACUGCUAGUGUAUUAGUAAUCCUAGAUCUCAGAAUCACAAUAGUAAUAAAAUAGACAAGGGUCACUUUUUCCUAACUUACUCUAUGUUCGGAUGUGGAAUUUCUGUCUCCCAAGAGGAAAUGUGACUUUACUUUGGUGCCAAUGGACAGAAGAUUCUACCUGUGCUACAUAGGAGAAGUUCGGAAUGCACUUAAUAGCUGGUUUUUACACCUUCACUUCAAGGUGGAAAUAAAUUGAUCAUGAAUCUCUAAUAAAUUUCAAUCUCUUAAACCAGUAGGUGCUUAAUAUUUUUUGAUUUGGUUAAUGCCCAUUUGAAUUUCAUGGGUUCUGUUAAUUAAGAAAAAUUUAGGAUCCCAAUCCAUUGUCAUCUAAUUGACCUUGGACUUUCCCAAGAUGUAAUAUGGGAUUUUAUGCAAAACUCCAAGCUACCAUGCAACUUUUUUUAACUGUAACGAGGAGGACUAAUUGUUUCCUUCUUUCUUUACAUGUGCAUUGUUGUAGUCCAGAAAUGCCAAACCUUUUUAAAGAUGGUGCAACUUGAGUCCUUGGCUUGGCUAUAGAGGCUUGAACUUAAUGGCAUAUCAAUUUUGCCAUAUCCACAGGAGAGCUGUUCUGUGUGAAAUAGCUCCGAGUCGCAAAUAUCACAUGUGAAUGAUAUGGUAACUUUAAAAAAAUGUCUGUAUUGUAUUUGAAGACUGUUUGCCAUAAAUCUGAAGUUUGAACCUAUGUAUUUCAAUUUGGUAUGCUAAAAAAGUACUGAAUUAAUGUAAAAAAAAAUUGUUACAAUAUUGUAAUCUCAGUUCAAAAGUUAACUGAAACUAUAAAGCCCAAAUGAUUUCUAUAUAGUAAAUUGAACUGUAAAGGAAAUUUGUGUGUGAUUCUGAAUACAUAGAUAAAUGUUUUUAUUCCUCUUCACGUUUCACUUUGGCUUCUAUCAUGCAAUAGAGGUGAAAUUUUACAUUAUCAGCUUUGUAUAUUAAUUUGGAAGCAUUCUUUGCUUCUUGUUUUAUUUCAGAGCAAAUUGAUUCUGGUAAACAGGUGGUGAGAGUUAGAAAUGAACAACGAAAGUUUUGGUCAAGCCCAGUAUAUAUGUGCACGCUAAGGUGUUUCUAUGCUGCCUUUUCUAGUCAUGUCUCUUCACUAGCCUCCUAACAGUUUAAACCUGGACUAAAUGAAAUAGGUUGAUGUAAGUGAAGCUAGAUGUUAUUCCAAGUAAGCAUUGCUUCUUAAUACCGUUAAAUGCAAACACUGGGUUAGAAAAGCCACACACUGUUCAGUCCCUUUUUUCUUUGUUGUUUUUGGAGUAUAUUUAGUUGCUAACCUGCCUUGGCUUUAAGAAGUUAUCUGAACUCUGCUCAAACAAAAACAUCUUUUUGUUCUUCAAACACUUUAGUUAACUGGGCAACUUGAUAGGAAAUUAAUCUUAUUCACUAUUUCUGGAAGGAACAUUCAGUUUAAAGUUUACUGUUCAGGCAAUUCAGUAAUUCAGGGUGGUAGAUAGAUGUAGAGCCUUGACUUCAAUGUCAACUGGAAUUCUGCCUCUGCCAAAUUCUACCUGUGGGAACACAGGCUGGUCUCUAACUCUUCUGUGCUUCAGUUUUCCCAGAUGGAAAAGGGUGGUAAUAAAAGUAGCUUUGUAUAGGGAAGGGUACCUGAUCUCAAAUGAGGUCAAGUUGUGAGGUGACUGGCAGUGAUGACUGGCAGUGAGGGCCAUGGUGAUGCCACUGUACUCCAGCCUGGGCCACAGAAACUAUGGUGCAGGUAAUUGCAGAUGUAAGCUUUCCUAAUGGGGAUAAACCUGACCUAGGAAUAAACGAAAACUAGUUCUAGUUCUGAAUGGCAUUUGCUGAAGGCUGAUCUCCUCGUUAAGGCACUGUGGACCAGCUUUAAGAGUGGCUGUAUUUCAACAGUAAAAAUUAGGUAUGUCUAUGGAGCCUUUUCCUCCUGCUGGGACUUGGAAUCCCAUUGGAGUUGAGGAUUGUGUUGGGGUUUUUCCAAGCCCCCCAUGUGUUGGUAAUUUGGGGCAGGAGAAUGUUAGCCAUAAUAAAAGUUUUAUGUUUUAAGUUUGAA